CAAGAACUUCACAGUUGAAACAAACCAAAACUAGUACAAAAAUACAGGGACAUUGUGUUUUGUUUUGGGUUUUUUUUGUUAAUUUUAAGAGCAUGAUUCCAGUGCUCGUUCUUCUGUUUCUAAGAGCAGGAUCCUUGAGGGCUUGGUCUGUGACUUUUGAAAACCCUGAUCCCUGUGCUUUGGAGGGGUCAUCAGUCACGUUCAGGUGCUCGUAUAACUACAAAUAUGGACAAACUGUGACAAAGACUGCAUGGUACAAAGGGGAACUAAAGAAUGGCACCUGGGAACGUGUGGCGCUCUCAGACCUUCCUUCAUAUCAGAAUCGUUUUCAGUAUAUUGGCGACCGAGAGCACAACUGUAGCCUGGUUCUCCAUGAGCUGCAGCAGAAUGACACUGGAUAUUACUACUUCAGGUUUGACACAGAAAACUAUGGCUGGCGCAGUAAGAAAUCAGUGUUUCUCUCCAUCACGGCGCUGAGAGCCAGAGUGAACCCUGACACUGUGAGAGCAGGAGACGCCGUGACUCUUGAAUGUGAAACCUCAUGCACACUUAACAGCACAGUCUGGUUCAAAAAUGGACGCCCAGUCACCAAAACAAAGUUCCAGGCUCAGGCAGAGGAUUCUGGGAAUUAUUCAUGUGCCGUUGAAGGCCAUGAGUCAGAGCGAUCACAUCCUGUGGCUCUCGAUGUUCAGUAUCCUCCUUUGAACGUGUCAGUUGUUGUGAGUUACCCCAGCAUACUCAAUGAAUCCAGCAGCAUCAAUCUGACCUGCAGCUGCUCUGCAAACCCUGCAGCAGAAAACUUUACCUGGUUUAGGAGAACAGCCUCUCCCAGCCCCAGCACCUUGAUCCAGGUGGGCUCAGGGCGAGUGCUGUCUCUCCUCUCUGUGGAGAUGUCCCACGCUUACCUGUACCUCUGCCGGGCCAGGAACACAGUGGGAGAAAACAAUUCAAAUGAGGUGCCGAUAACCAUGAGGGAAGAAAGUCAGGAUCUCUUCACUUUAAACCGAAUCUUCCUUCUUGUCGGUGUUGGAGUCAAAGUUUUAAUUUUGCUGGUUCUUUCACUGGUUAUCAUCUGGGCUUGGAGGCGAGGAAGCCCCCCUGCUGUUGAAACUGAGGAGGAUGGCCGUAUUUAUGAACUCAUCAGCACUGCCAAAAUGGAUAAUAGAGACGGUGUCUGUCAGAGGGAAGUGUCUGUUUGAAGAAACCAGAGAUAUGCCACGAUAUUAACUUACAGACAUGCCCGGAAACUUGGCACAUAACUCUCCCAGGACUAUAAAGUGAAGGAAAUUAACCAACAACAACUUACCCAUGUCUGUGAAAACUUGAUGACAAAAGAGCUACAAAUGUUAUCAAUGCCACAUUCCUGCUGGUCCUCUCAACAAUGUGAACUUUAAAACCUAAACCAUCAAAUAGAAGUCACAGGAUUCAAAAUUCACUCAUGAGUAUGUAUCAACUUAUGCAUGGUGCAAUCAGAUGUAACCCCAUGGAAGAAUUAGUGAGGUUUUAAAUUUUUGUUGUUGUUGUUGUUUAAAAUGAGGUCAGUUGUUUACUGAUGUUCUGAAG